GCCGAGCUGCCCGCUGUUGCCGCGUCGCGUUGCUGACCGGACCACCGGGAAAAGAUGCAGGUCAACGCGGACAACUCCUCCUUCUCCUGCUCGUCCUCCGCCUCAGCCACCGAAAAACCCAAAAGCCUUAGUCGCGGCUAACCAAAAAAAUCCCCCGCUUGUCGUCUCCCGCAUACCCAAGCGGCUCUCGCUUUCGGCGUUCUCUCCUCCGUCCCAUGAUCUGAGGGCCGCCGCCGAUGGGCCCGACCCCCUCCGCGCAGGACCCUGCGCCGUCGCCGUCGGGCGGCAGUGGCUCCGGCUCCUCCAGGCGCCGCCUUCGGCGGCUCGACCGACGCAACGCGUCCAAGAACAUCGGGUACGACGCCGCAAACUUCUGCAGCUACCCGCCGUCCCCGCCGACCUCCGGGCCGGCCUCGCUCGCCGGGUCCGCGGCCUGCUCCCUCGACCUCGUCACCAGCUUCCGCAUCGGCCGUAGCGGCGACGGGGGCGGGGACGUCCAGCUCCUCUGCCAAAGUCUCGGGCUCUCCGGGCCCGACGACUUCGCCAUCCCGCUCGCCGAUUGGGAGGCGCACAAGGCCGUGCGCUCCUCCCCCUCCGCCUCCAGCUCCCCUGCGCGGGAUUCCUCCGCGCACCCCAAUCCCGACCCCCCUGCGCGGGACUCUCCGCUCCGUCGCGAGGGUGCCGAGGAGCCGGCCCGGCCUGCGGACGCCGACCCUGAGCUGCCGGCGACGGAAGCGGCGGCAAGGGACGCCCCAAUCGAAGCUCCAGAGCGGCCGGCACGGCUGGAUCCACUAGAGCUCACCCGUCUGGAUGUGAAGAGGGCAGCCGGCGAGGGAGGAAUCAAGGGCGUGCGCCCGCCGCCGGUGCUCAAGCCGCCGCCCUCGAUGGCGCUGCCGGCUGUCUGCGGGGCGGGAUCCACGUGGGACAUCCUGCGGUCGUUCGCGCCGGAUGACAAAGAGCAUGUCCCGGUGAUCAGAUCUAGCUGUGGUUUUGGACGCCAGGAUGCGGUGGAUGAGGAAGAGGAGGAGGAUGCGGCAGUAGUGUUGACGUUGGAGGAGCUCAGACUGGGAGAGACGUCUGAGGACUUCACCGGCACGUCUUCGUUAUCCACGAUCAACGAUGACGAGACGUCGAGCACGACCACCGAGUCCAUGUUCCACAUCUCACCGAAUGGGAGGUUUAGGAGGAAGAUCCGGUCAUGGAACCGAGGGAUGCUCCUGGGGAGUGGCUCGUUCGGGACGGUUUAUGAGGGCAUCAGCGAUGAGGGUGUCUUCUUUGCUGUCAAAGAAGUGAGCUUAUAUGAUCAAGGGAGCAACGCGAAGCAGUGUAUUUUUCAGCUUGAACAGGAAAUUGCACUUCUAAGCCAGUUUGAGCAUGAGAAUAUAGUACAGUAUUACGGAACAGACAAAGAAGACUCGAAACUUUACAUCUUCCUUGAACUAGUGACCCAAGGAUCUCUUGCAUCGUUGUAUCAGAAGUACCGCCUGCGAGAUACUCAUGUCUCCGCGUAUACAAGGCAAAUUCUUAAUGGGUUGACUUACCUCCAUGAAAGAGACAUUAUUCAUAGAGACAUCAAAUGUGCAAAUAUAUUGGUGCAUGCCAAUGGAUCUGUGAAACUUGCAGAUUUUGGACUUGCUAAGGAGAUUACCAAAUUCAGUGCGAUUAAAUCAUGCAAAGGAACUGUGUAUUGGAUGGCACCUGAGGUUGUCAAUCCAAAGAAGACAUAUGGACCUGCAGCUGAUAUAUGGAGUCUUGGUUGCACCGUCCUAGAGAUGUUGACACGUCAAGUUCCCUACCCAGAUCUGGAAUGGACACAAGCUUUAUACAGGAUUGGAAAGGGGGAACCACCAGUAAUUCCAAGUGUUAUUUCGAGGGAUGCUCGUGAUUUCAUAAGUCAGUGUGUAAAGCCCAAUCCAGAAGGCAGACCUUCUGCAUCCAAACUGUUGGAGCAUCCAUUCGUGAACAGGUCAAUGCGGUCAAUACGGUCUAUGAGGACAUCUUCUCGCUCAAAUUCAUCUGUGCGUGGUGUCAAUUUAUAAACUGAGGAUCAUUUAUAGCAUUUUGGCAGAAUUAUAUUAGUCCUUGCAAAUCAUGCGGAGCUGGCUGAAAAGGACGGUUCUUCUUUACCAGGAACUAGUGUUGUCAACAGCAUCAUGUUCAGCCUCUUGUGUUUCAUUAGUUGAUUCUUUGACAUGCGUUUGAGGGGAAGAUGUCCUCGUGCCUGAACCGCCGGCUAUAUUCUUCUGCCCGGAGAGAACAACGGAUGUGCAUUUGAGCGCAUGAGUUGUAGAGUCAGAGCGGCCGAUGUAAAUAUGUCUGCAUGCCCAUGUGGUGAUUGUGUUGAUGCCAUGAUAUGCUAUGAGGAAGAAAAUAUAUAGAAAAAAAAUAGGGUUCAAGCUU